ACCGGAAAUGUAAUGUGACGGAAGUUGACAUCUCUGUGGUAACAGCGUCCAUCUUGGCACAAGAUUAUAGGCGUUCGAUGUAAACAAGUUCAAUUGAGUGAUUUGUAAGCUGUGUUCCACCGAUCACAAUGAGUCGACUGUAUGACACGGUGGAGCCGGCGGUUGUCGACGAGGACAUGCUAAAGAGAGCAGUCGAGGAGCAAGGACCUAAAGAUGAAGCAGGAAAAAUUGCGAAGUCUGAAGGAAUUGAUUUUGGAGAUGUGUUAGCCCUAAGACUUGAUUUUUUAAAUGUCUUAAAGAUUGACAAUUUGUGGGAAUUUACAGCAUUAACCAAGUUACAGCUUGAUAACAACAUCAUAGAGAAAAUAGAAGGUUUGGAUUGCCUGGUCAACUUGGUAUGGCUAGACUUGUCCUUCAACAACAUUGAGGUGAUUGAGGGUCUCAACGCUCUCACCAAGCUGGAGGAUCUGACAUUGUACAACAACCGGAUUGCCACACUGGAAAACAUGGAUACUCUCUUAAACCUCCACGUCUUCUCCAUUGGAAACAACAUGCUCACAGAACUAAGCAAUUUGUUAUAUCUGCGAAGGUUUAAGGAAAUGAAAACAUUAAACCUCGCUGGCAAUCCAUUCUGUAAGCAGAGCGGCUACAAACAGUAUGUGAUUGCCUUCCUGUCUGGUAUCGACUUCCUCGACUACCGCCUGGUGGAUAAACAGUCGAGAGAAGAUGCUAUGGAAAAACACAUGAUUCAAAGAGAUGAAAUGUUACACAAUGAGAAACAGGCUGAACUGAAACAGGAAGAGGAAAUCAAGAACAAGAAACAGCUGGAACUCCACAAGGCGGCCUAUGUGGAGCUGAUGGAUGGACCACACCUGUUUGAGAUGAUGUAUAUCGAAGAUUCUGAGGGACAGAAGUUGAGCGAGAUGCCAGGGAUUGAAGAUCUCUUACAGACUUUUAAGGACAAAUUUGUUGCCAUCUGCCAUCAAAUGUUUGAGUAUGGCUUGAAGGAACAUGAAAAGCGUGACUCUGAGGUGAAGCAGUUCUGGGAAUGUGUUGAGGAUGCUGAGCAGGAGAACAAGAAUCUUGGCAUGAAGGCCAUCAACAACUUCAUGGUCGUGAAAAAGAGGAUCAUGCAGGAGCUGGGUCAGAUCAGUGACCAGAAGGUACUGGAGUCUGUUGUGGCCGACUACAAUAAUCAAGUUUCAGAGCUGUGGGACAAACUCAUGGGGUUGGAGCUACAGAUUGUGGACCAGUUGGAGGACGUCAUCAAAGACUUUGAGAGGAGUAUGCAGGAUCUGGUGGCCUCCUUCCAGGAGAACAUCCAGGCUUUCCUGGCCCAGUGUCGGGAUCUGGAGACCUUCCAUCAUGAGAAGAUGAUGGAGAUUGCCAUUAUCACACUGGAAAAAGUUCUCAAGAACGAGUUAGAUGAUGAGAUCAAUGAAGACUUGAGAAUGUUAUUUGUGGACAAGGACACCAUCAUGAACGCAGUUUCCUCGUCACACGAUGUUCACCUGCUCAAGAUAGACAACAAGGAAGACGACAUGGUGACCAGAAUCAACCAUUGGCUGAAAACGACGAUCGACAAAAUUCACGAAGAUGAGGAAGUUGCCAGAAACCGCAUGAGAGUUACAGAAAUAAACAAUCUUAUUGAUCACCUACGAGAUGAAAUUGACAAUUUGGAAGUGUUACAAACAGGAAAUUACUGAUUCCAUGUUGGAAGUGCCUUUGAUAAAUUUUAACUGUGACCAAACCAGUCUGGCAUUUUGCACGGGAGAGGUUUGUGCCAAAGGAGAUCAUUUUACUGUGAAAAUAAGGGGCUGAUUUGAAUAUUGUAAGGAACUGUGAUUAUGACCAUUGACAUCAUUCGUAGAGAUGGGCAUUUACGAUGUUAUCAUAGUCCUACAGAAGCUUAGAAAUAUCUGUGAUAAAUGUAGGUCACGGUCAUUGUCGCCUGCAAUUUUCGGACAAAAUUUGGACAAUACAGUGUAACUUGUCCAAACCAAUUCCUCAGUAUUCUGUCAACUUUAAACAUCUCCAUCAACGACGUUUCUGCAUUACACUAACCUAUGAUGGUUGAUCCAUAAGAUGUUUGAUUUAGACAGAUACUACUUUAUAUCAAUUUUGUACAGAGACAUGACUUUUGUACAUACAUUGUAAUAUAUACUGAUUCAUUGGCUGUCAAGUAAUUAACAGACCUAUCAAUCAUUGUUGACAAGUAAUAUAUUUCAUUACUGUAUAAAAAUGUACAUAAAUAAAUGACAAAGCAAGUCUACACAC